AGCUGCCAGGCAGCAUGCACACGGGAGCGACGACCGGCCCGCCGCACCGACGCCGCGGGGACGCUUGACCAGACAGGUAGAAGGGACAUUAGGACAGAGGGAGGAGGUGCGGCUGGGGACAGCCCCCUGCAGACUGCGCCUCGGUGACAGCGCCAUGGACGGCCUGGACAACACCACCCUGCUCCUUGCCCCGUCCUCGUUGCUGCCUGACAACAUCACCCUGUCGCCCAACGCCAGCAGCCCGAACGCCAGCACCUUCUCGCCUCUCACCGUCACCUCCAGUCCCUGUCCCGGGUUCAGCCUCGCUCCGAGUCCGAGCAUCGGCUUCAGCCCGGAGUCGACCCCGACUCCAGAGCCCACGAGCAGCAGCCUCGCGGGCGGCGUGGCAGGCCAGGGUUCCUCUGCCUUCCCCCGGCCCUGGAUCCCCCACGAGCCCCCAUUCUGGGACACGCCGCUCAACCACGGGCUGAACGUGUUUGUGGGCGCCGCCUUGUGCAUCACCAUGCUGGGCCUGGGCUGUACCGUGGACGUGAACCACUUCGGGGCGCACGUCCGGCGGCCCGUGGGCGCUCUGCUGGCUGCGCUCUGCCAGUUCGGCUUCUUGCCGCUCUUAGCCUUCUUGCUGGCCCUCGCCUUCAAGCUGGAUGAGGUGGCCGCCGUGGCCGUUCUCCUGUGUGGCUGCUGUCCCGGUGGAAAUCUCUCCAAUCUCAUGUCCCUGUUGGUGGAUGGCGACAUGAACCUCAGCAUCAUCAUGACCAUUUCCUCCACACUCCUGGCCCUGGUGUUGAUGCCCCUCUGCCUUUGGAUCUACAGCCGGGCUUGGAUCAAUACCCCUCUGGUGCAAUUGCUCCCCCUAGGGGCAGUCACCCUGACUCUCUGCAGUACUCUAAUCCCUAUUGGGCUGGGCGUCUUCAUUCGCUACAAAUACAACCGGGUGGCUGACUACAUUGUGAAGGUUUCCCUGUGGUCUCUGCUCGUGACUCUGGUGGUUCUUUUCAUACUGACCGGCACCAUGUUGGGACCCGAACUGCUGGCAAGCAUUCCUGCAACUGUUUAUGUGGUGGCCAUUUUCAUGCCUCUGGCAGGCUAUGCCUCGGGUUAUGGCUUAGCUACUCUCUUCCAUCUUCCGCCCAACUGCAAGAGGACUGUGUGUCUGGAAACAGGAAGUCAGAAUGUGCAGCUCUGUACUGCGAUUCUCAAACUGGCCUUCCCGCCGCGCUUCAUAGGCAGUAUGUACAUGUUUCCUUUGCUUUAUGCCCUUUUCCAGUCUGCGGAAGCAGGGGUCUUUGUUUUAAUAUACAAAAUGUACGGAAGUGAGAUACUGCACAAGAGAGAGGCCCUAGACGAAGAUGAAGACACAGAUAUUUCUUAUAAGAAACUGAAAGAAGAGGAAAUGGCAGACACCUCCUAUGGCACGGUGGGGACAGAUGACUUAGUGAUGAUAGAAACCGCCCAGACCUCCCUCUGAACGAGGAGAUACACAGGAGCCUCCAUUGGGCUGAAACAUCACUUCCUAUCUGUGACCGUGGUAGUGCAUAUGGUUCACAUCCAGGAUAAAGAUGGGUUGACAUUUCCUGUAACAGAUUUGCUCUUCCCACUGUAAUGUUGUAUCUCAGAAUUAACCAUGUGUUUUUAUAACUCAGCAGUGUCCCAGUAUCGCUUACACCUGGAACCCCUAAAGUGCCACUUCCUCUGCUUAAGUAGUGUGCUGUUUGUUUUUUGGUUCUUGCUUUUUGUUUUUUUUUGUUUUUUCUUUUGCCAUUUCCACCAGCAUCGCUACAGAUAGGAAAUGGGGUUGGAACUGUAGAUGUCUGGUGCAUACACGAGUAAAAUUGGGUUUGCUCAACUUACACACACCCGAUUCUGUUCAGUGCUAGUCUGUAUUGAGAAAAGUCCAAAACGGGUCAGUGAAACAACAAGAUAGCGUUUCACUGUCAAGCCAUUCCCAAACCAGAGAAAAAUCAUAUUAAUGUAUGUGACUACUUGAUCUGUUGUUAAUGCCCGGCAACAUUGUCCAGGGAUGAAGGCAUUUUUUCCCCAUAUGUUUUCUGUAUUUGUAUAAACGCAUCUCAGAUCCA